CAGUAGCAAUUAAAUUGCUUGUGAAUAUUUUAUAGAUUAAAUUUAGGAUUUUCAAUUUGACAUUUCUGAAGUUGACUCUUUAUAAUUAAAACUGUACAUAAAGUAUAUACCGCCAUUGGCUUUAAUAAUUAAUAUGAAAGAAAAAAAAUGUUAAUUUACAAGUACACAAUUUGAUUAAUAUACAACAACAAAAUAUCAAUUCUCUAACAGUGUAAAUAUAUAAUUCUACAAAGUAUACAUUUGUAUUAUAUAAAUAUUUUUUUAUUGUUAUUCCUUAUUCCUUAUGUUAAUUAUCUUGUAGUAGUCCUUAUGCUAAUUAUGUGUAAGAAUGAAAAACAUCAGAGCAUCAUAAUACUAUGAAUAUGUAUUAGUAGUAUUAGUUUAGUUUGACACAUUCAUAUUUUAAAUUACGCUUUUAUAAGUAUAAUUUACAUUUAUUAUUAGACUUUUACAUAAGGGAUAUACAAAAUUAAUAUGUAAAUAACUUUCGAUAGAUAUAUUUAACAAUAUGUGUGAUAAUCGGUGUCAGUUAUUUCACAGAGAGAAUUACAAGAAAGAAGAAUUCUUACGUAUGAAAUGGUUUUUAAAGAAUCAACAGAAAUUAAUAGAUAAUUUAGGUAUUGCAAAGACUACAGCACAAAUUAAAAUAAAAAGCAUAGAAAAAGAAUCACCAAAAAAAGAUAAGAUCGAACCCAAAAUAAGUAAAAAAUACAUGCCGACAUGGAGACCACUUAAUAUUGAUGGUUCUGUAAAUAUUGAUAUAAUGAAACCAAUUGAGCCAGAAAUACGUGCCAUUCUUUAUGAAAAAGGAAUUGAAAGUUUUAUUUGCAGUGAUAAUUAUUUUCGCAAAAGAUUACAAAAAUUGCCGGAAGAUCGUUUUUAUUUUCCCGAUUGUACAAAUUGGCUUUAUGGAUGGCGUCUUAGUGAUUAUAAUUUACCUCCCAUUAGUAAAUUUGGUGCCAAAUCUGUUAUACAGGCUCAAUUUUAUCAACGGACUGCAUCUUGUCUACAACGAGACCCAGAUUGGUAUCGUAAUUGUCAAACAAAUAAUCCAAAAAAUUUCAAUGAUUUGUUGACUUAUUAAGAAUUGACUAAUUAGAAGUACUACUAAUUUUAUU